AUGGCAAAAACUAUCCUAUUCUCCUCACUAACACUCAAGGUCAUUGCCUACAUCGUUCUUCUAGCCAUCACCAUUGGAUGUGCCAGCUCAGCAAGAAUUCUUGAUGAGGUGGACCCACAGCCUGAAAUCGCCAAUCCCCAACCUACAACUGGCCCAAUCGGCGACCAACUGCAGCUGAAUCCCACCACCCCUCUCCCAAGUGGCCAAAUCCCAGCCGUUACUCCCAUCACCCCACCUGUCGACGACGACUCUGACGACAAUGCUGACUCACCAAUCCCCGAAGUCGGCGCAAGUGCUGGCGAUGAUGACUCACCACAACCCAACACCAACCAGCCAGGUGUUCCAUCGCCUGGUGCCAGCGUGGCACCAAUAGCUGGUCCCGCCACCACGUCCCCUGCUGGGUCGGGCCCACUCAACCCAACCGGUGAUGUGACAUCGGCAGGCGCGGCCCCAGGCCACCCGACUCUUUCUUUCUACAUGCACGACAUCAUUGGCGGGUCCCACCCGACAGCCCGGAUUGUGACGGGGCUUGUAGCCAGCACGAUCUCCAACGUUCCCUUUACGAAGGCCAACAACAACAUUUUCCCAGUCAGCGGCGCGGCCCCGUUGACCACAGCCAACGUCAACGGCAUCCUCAACAACAACAGGAACAACCUGCCGUUCCUCGCCGGGCUCAACGGCCAAGGCGCGUCGGGCUUCACCAACACGCAGACCAACACCUUCAUCCAGAACAGCGGCAACAACAACAUCGUCGCCGGCGGCUCCGGGCAGCCAUUCGUCACCGCCGGGCAGCUGCCAUCCGGCUCCGCCACCCUGCAGAAGCUGAUGUUCGGCUCGGUGACGGUGCUCGACGACGAAUUAACCGAAGAGCACGAGCUGGGAUCGGCCGUGAUCGGUAGGGCUCAGGGGUUCUACCUGGCGAGCUCUCUGGACGGGAACAGCCACACGAUGGUGAUGACGGUGAUGGUGCAUGGAAACGACCAUGACCAUCACGUAGAGGAUACCAUCAGCUUGUUCGGUGUCCAUAGGACUGCGACGCCGGUGUCCCACGUGGCGGUGAUCGGAGGGACGGGGAAGUAUGACAACGCGCAGGGUUACGCUACGGUGGAGUCGCUUCCCCACGUGGACCAGCACACCACGGACGGCGUGGAUACGAUCAUGCAUAUCAACAUUUACCUCUCUUGAGUAAAUAAUGUUUUUUUUUUAAUCUUAUAUUUUCUUUGUGUUGUCAUGUUCUAGAUAA